CUGGCUGGUGGUCCUGGAACACAUGGGCCGACCAUCCCAUCCUGGAGGGAGCUUCGGCCCUGGCCUCAGUGACCCUGCAGGUGACGCACUGGCUGCAGCCUGGUGGGGAGCAGUGGCUGUCAUCCUUUAGGAAAAGCAGAAUUCUGAGGGGCUUUCCGUCACCUUCCUGGUGAGGAAAUACUGUAUGUGGGACGGCCGUUUGUUUUUACUUAGUUUGAGUAGCUCCCUUGUGAAUGGCAUUUUAUUUAAACUUUAAAGAGAAGUAUUAGUUUAUAUUUACUCAUGGUGGCAUCUGAGAACGUUAUUCUCCCCUGUCUUCCUGCUGGCAACAGGUGGACAUUUAACCUUAAGCAGAUAGGCCAAGAUUCUACCUCAUUUGUGCUUUGCUAUUAAAACUGCGUGAUUAUACUCUCUGCCUGGUGAAACAAUUCCAUAUUCCUGGAAAUUCCUACAUAUCCUACAGAUAAAGCUGGAAAGGAACAAUAUAAAUAAUUACUGAUGGUUUGAGAGGGAACUAGUCUUAACAUAUGUUGGUUGAAUAGUGUUAUAAUAGCAAUAAUGUAUGAACCCUAGACACACUCUUUAAAGGUAGGAGAUAUCCACCACUGUUUUAAAAUUAUUCUGCAAUGUCUUGCCAACGCAAUGAGACAUGAAACAGAUAUUGAAGGUGUGGUUAUUGGAAAAUUGGAAAUAAAAUCUUUAUUACUUGCCAACGAAAUAGUCUACAUUGGAAACCUGAGGGAAGUUAAAAAAAUUAAUAUGUUUAAUGAACUGAUUAGAUAUGAGAUGUAUUCAAGAUUCACAGCCUUUUGUAGACAAACGUGGUUUAAUAUGCAGUCAUGUUUGUGUACAUAUUAACUGGUUGGUGAAGUAACAAGUGGGCAAAUUAAGCCUGCGUUGUCGGGUUACAGCGUCAGGAGAGAGAGCAGCACUGUGAAAACUCAGGGGGAGAGACGGUGUGGGGAGGCCCCGCCUGGCGAGCGUCGUGGAGAGAGCCAUGAAAGCAAGUCCUGCGAUUCCGCGAGCCUGGAGGGCACAGCUUCCUCCUUCCCCAGGCAGAGCGGGCUGGGCAAGGCAAGUGGUGGAAGCCAGACCACAGUGGUGCGAGAAGGAAUGCCGUGGAGGAGCCAAGGCGUCUGUUGGAGUUUGCUGGUAAUGGAAGCAAAGAGAGAGCUAUGACCCCGAGUGCUGGGACGUCGUGAUGCUUUUCCCGCAGGCCAUGUGAUGAGGAGCAGAGUUUGGCUUUGGUGUGCUCGGAACUGGGGGGAGUGCCGAGGCCUGGGAGCCCAGCCCUGACCGCCAGAGAGCCCCCAACACGAUGAACAAAUUGAACUUCCACAACAACAGAGUCAUGCAGGACCGCCGCAGCGUGUGUAUUUUCCUUCCCAACGACGAGUCCCUGAACAUCAUCAUAAACGUUAAAAUUCUGUGUCACCAGUUGCUGGUCCAGGUGUGUGACCUGCUCAGGCUAAAGGACUGUCACCUCUUUGGACUCAGCGUUAUACAAAAUAAUGAACAUGUGUACAUGGAGUUGUCACAAAAGCUUCAUAAGUAUUGUCCAAAAGAAUGGAAGAAAGAGGCCAGCAAGGUACGCCCAGACGAUGUCACCUGGGGUAUUGACCAAUUUGGGCCUCCCAUGAUCAUCCACUUCCGGGUACAGUACUACGUGGAAAAUGGCAGGUUGAUCAGUGACAGAGCAGCGAGGUACUACUACUACUGGCACCUGAGAAAACAAGUCCUUCGCUCUCAGUGUGUGCUCCGCGAGGAGGCCUACUUCCUGCUGGCCGCCUUCGCCCUGCAGGCCGAUCUGGGGAACUUCAAAAGGAACAAGCACUACGGAAAGUACUUUGAGCCAGAGGCGUACUUCCCGUCUUGGGUGGUCUCCAGGAGAGGGAAGGACUACAUCCUGAAGCACAUCCCCAACAUGCACAGAGACCAGUUUGCGCUGACGGCCUCCGAGGCCCAUCUCAAGUACAUCAAGGAGGCCGUGCGGCUGGACGAUGUGGCCGUGCAUUACUACAGGCUGUACAAGGAUAAAAGGGAGCUUGAAGCUUCUCUGACCCUUGGACUGACCAUGCGUGGAAUCCAGAUCUUCCAGAACGUAGAUGAAGAGAAACAAUUACUUUACGAUUUCCCCUGGACGAAUGUUGGAAAGUUGGUGUUUGUGGGUAAGAAAUUUGAGAUCUUGCCGGACGGCCUGCCCUCAGCCAGGAAGCUCAUCUACUACACAGGCUGCCCCCUGCGCUCCAGACACCUCCUGCAGCUCCUGAGCAACAGCCACCGCCUCUACAUGAACCUGCAGCCCGUGCUGCGCCACGUCCGGAAGCUGGAGGAAAGCGAAGAGAAGAAGCAGUAUCGGGAGUCGUACAUCAGCGACAGCCUGGAGCUCGACAUGGGCCCGCUGGAGCAGCGGUCCCGGGCCAGUGGCAGCAGUGCAGGCAGCGCGAGGCACAAGCGCCUGUCGCGGCACUCCACCGCCAGCCACGGCAGCUCCCACACCUCGGGCAUUGAGGCCGACACCAAGCCGCGGGACGCGGGGCCUGAGGACGGCUACUCCAGCGGUGCCGUCCACCGCAAGCUGAAGACCUGCAGCUCGACCACCAGCCACGGCAGCUCCCACACCUCGGGGGUGGAGAGUGGCGGCAAGGACCACCUGGAGGAGGGCUCGCAGGACGACGAAAUAGAGAUGUUGGUUGAUGACCCCAGGGACCUGGAGCAGAUGCAUGAAGAGUCUCUGGAGGUCAGCCCGGACAUGUGCAUCUACAUCACGGAGGACAUGCUCAUGUCACGGAAGCUGAACGGACACUCGGGGUUGAUCGUGAAAGAAAUUGGCUCCUCCACGUCCAGCUCCUCGGAAACAGUCGUCAAGCUUCGAGGCCAGAGCACUGAUUCUCUCCCUCAGACUGUCUGCCGGAAACCAAAGAGCUCCACUGACCGGCACAGCCUGAGCCUGGAUGACAUCAGACUCUACCAGAAGGACUUCCUGCGCAUCGCCGGCCUGUGCCAGGACACCGCGCAGAGCUACACGUUUGGGUGCGGCCACGGCCUGGGCCAGGAGGGCCUCUACUGCAGCAGCUGCUUGGCUCAGCAGAGCGUACACAUCCAGGACGCUUUUCCCGUCAAAAGAGCCAGCAAGUACUUCUCUCUGGACCUCACUCACGAUGACGUUCCGGAGUUUGUUGUGUAAAGUGCGCCGGCCGGCAGCCACACGGCGGCCUGCCCUUUGCUGGGGGCCGCGGGGGCCGCGGGCGGCUGCUUUGCUCAUCAUUGUGCCAUAUUUCCUUCCCCCAAACACGCUCUUUCUUUACGAUAUUUGUGACGGAAACAAAAGCCUUGGGACAGUUGCACUUUAAGGACCGUGCAUAGGUGCAGGGACUGCAGGGGACGUCUAGACGGCGCCCAGAAGUUCACGGCCUGUGGCGGGAGUGCCUUUGCUGGUCAGCCAGCCUUCAGAGCAUCGAGCUGCGGUGCGUUCGGUCGCCGUCUUGUUUUCUCAUUCAGCUGCCUGUAACGUCACAUUUUUUAUCACGUGAAACAUGUUGUUAGAUGUUUGCUGGUAAUUUUUUUAUCGCUCCCUCGUAAAAUGGUCAUGUUUUGAGGGAGGAGGAGGAAGAGUCGCCUCUUUCUGUGGGGAGACCGUUGACGCACACAGGGGCUGUCCCAAAGAGAGCCCUCGCAAGGCCGUCACAGUCACGUGGUUCUCGAAAGCCAAAGAGUCGCUGUACGGAGGCGUCGCCCAGGAGGGAGAUGCGAGUCAGCAGUCAGCAGGGGACGGCACGCUGUGAUGCCGUGACUCCUUCGCAGCCGGCUGCACCCGACCUCCUCUCCCAGAAAGCUCUAGGCCUCAGCCGAGUCCUCAUCCAAGGAACCCAUCAGCUGUGUUCAUGUCUUAAUGUGUUUUGUGGCGUUUCAAAACCAGUUUCUGUUACAGAAACGUGUUAGAAAAUGUUUGUGCUUGGUGUUCGUUUUUAAUCAAGAACGAAUUAUGGUAACGGUAGUUUCUGCUUAACCACAAUGCCCUAGCUACACGUAUGCGUAACACAUACAUAAAUCCACGAGGCUGUGUGUGUCUGUAUGUGUGCAAAGCUUGCCGCUCUUUAUUUUCGCCUCCGUGGCUGUCUGGUCCACACGGCUUUUCUUGUCUGAUACGGAGGAUGUGUCAUGGAAUGCGUGGUGCCUGCAGACAAUCACUUGAUGGAGAGUUAAGAACAACUGUUUCCUCACGUGUCUUUUCCUGUGAUUCUCAACCCUGGUUGCAUAACAAUUAUUUGGGGAGCUUUUAAGGAAAUAGCCAUGUCUGGGUCCCAUCCCGGGUGAAUUAGCUCAGUGUCCUGUGGUGGGACCCAGGUGGGAUCGCCUCUUCUUUCAGAGUUCUCCAGAAGGAGCUCAUACGCGGCAGAGUUGGAAGCCACUGGUUCAGAGGGCGUCUCUCGUGGCUUUUGAAGCAGAAGUGUGUGGGAGAUGUUAGUGUUUGAGAAAGGGCCAGUUUUGAGACGGUUUCUGCCACUGCUGUGAGGCGUCCAGGGCAACCAGGUCGGGAGAGCAACUGAGCCUCCGCAGAGCGCGUUGCUCAGCACAAGGUCUUUCUACGGGAUGUUUUAAUGACCAAGUAUUUUACAACAUUUGUUUACCAUAUUUUAAUAUACCAUUUUUCUAUCUACCAGGUUUUAUUAAAAAAAACUAUAUAUUAUUUUCUAAAGAAACAGUCAUAUUUUUAUACAAAAUUGUUUUCAGGUAACAGAGAAAUAGCCUUAGGGUACAGCAGACUUGCAGUGCUGCCCCCGGUGGGAGUCAGUAUUACACACAUGGAGAUCGUCCCCACGCCCCACCUGUGGCACCUCGUGUCCCCACGUGGGUGUCACAGGGCCUGGUGGACUCGAGCCUGGUCAGAGGACUUUAACUUGACACCUCAGAAGGCAAAAAAGUUCUGUAGUCAUAAAUUAUUUUGCUUUAGCAAGUGUUUUAAGAGAACCAAAGUUUGAGCUUCAGGCUGUACGGACGUGUCUGUCUCUGUAUAAAGGAUGACAGGAUCAUCUAAUGACUGUUUCACUGGUGAGUCACUCAUAACCACCAUUUCUUACGGAUGCUGGAAAGAAAUCCUGGUGAAGUUUGGCUCUAAAGAGCCCAGAUCAUAAUGUGGGGCGUUUUCUUGGCUCUUGGUUCCUGCAAAGAUCAAGAAAACCCUGUUUAAUUAAAUGGGUCGUGCUUGCACUUCCUUCUCUCUACUCCAGCCGGAAUCGGGCUCCCGGGCUCUGCCAGCAUCGUCGGUGGUCUUGCACACCCUCCUUGUAAUGGGGUUUAUGAAUAGUCUUGUGGGUUUUCAAAGAUGAAACAUGCUAAGGACACUUUUGCUUUUUGAUCCACUGAUUGCAGCAGGAAUAUAUAUAUAUAUGUAUAUGAAAAUCCAUCUUGAAUAUCUACAUUUUUGUAUUUGAAAAUUGUUUUAAAAAAAUAAAAAAGGAAAAGAAAAGUGUAAAGCUGUUAUUUAUUCUGCGUUUGUUAACAUGCGUUGCCAGCCAGCCUCCCGACGUGGGAGAUGUUGCCUCCACGCGUUUUCAUUUGUGUUUGCACCAGUGAGCUUUAUCUCUGCGUGAACUGUCAGAGUCCUUUCUGUGAAAGGAUCAUCGUGUCAGGAUGGCACCAAAGUGUGUAAAAAACUGCACUAUUUUGUAACUAUUCUUAUAGGCAUUUCAUGGUAAGAUUAGCAGUAAAUAAAGUUACUUUAAUUUGUC